CUCUUCCCCUCAGACCCAGGCGCAGCAUGGCGGCAGCGGUGGUGGGGCCGGUGGACUGUCACUGCCACCUCGCGGCGCCCUGCUUCCAGACGGACGUGGCGGCCGUAGUGCGGGAGGCGGAGCAGGCGGCGGUGUCGGCGCUGGUGGUGGUGUCCGAGCGGGCGGAGGAGUUCCGCAGUGUCGUGGCGCUCUCUGAGAGGUUCCCAGGGUUUGUUUUGCCCUGCCUGGGAGUUCACCCGGUUCAAGAGGUUUCGCCGGAGGAGCAGCGCAGUGUUAUUCUGAAGGAUCUGGAUGCUGCGUUGCCGCUUAUAGAACUCUACAAAGAUAAAUUGGUGGGGAUCGGAGAAGUUGGACUAGAUUUCACUCCCAGAUUUGCCAGCACGGAUGAACAGAAGGAAGGACAAAGACAGGUUUUGAUCAAGCAGAUUGAGUUAGCAAGAAGCCUGGAUUUGCCUUUAAAUGUUCAUUCCCGCUCAGCUGGAAGACCAACGAUUAAUCUUUUAAAGGAACAAGGUGCUACGAAGGUGUUGCUUCAUGCAUUUGAUGGGAAGCCAUCUGUAGCGAUGGAAGGGGUGAAAGCCGGAUACUUCUUCUCCAUUCCUCCUUCCAUUAUAAGGAGUGAACAGAAGCAGAAGCUUGUGAAACUGUUACCUCUGGAAAGUAUGUGCUUAGAAACUGACUCUCCUGCUCUGGGGCCUGAAAAACAGGUGAGAAAUGAACCAAAAAAUAUUUACAUUGCUGCAGAAUACAUUGCCAAAAUUAAAGGAAUUCCAGUUGAAGAAGUUAUAGAAGUGACUACACAGAACGCACUUAAAGUAUUCCCCAAACUUCGGAACUUUCUACGGCUAUAGACUUAGAAGCUAAAAUGUAUAAUAUUGUAGCAGCUAUUAUUUAUGGGAUAAUAAAUAAAACCAACACACAUCUUGUCUUAAAGUGGAGUUUUGCUGUUGGAAAAUUCAAGAAGUAAGCAGAGUGUUAUACAGGUGCAGAGGAUGAAUAUAGUGAAUUUCUCAAAUACCUUCUUCAGUGCAUACCAUUGUCAACUCUUAGAUGUGAUAGACAGGUUAUUCGUUUGCUUCUCUCUCGUGUUUCUGAAUGAAUACUUUGUAAAGAAGAGCACCAUAAAAUUGUCAGUUUAGUUUCUCAGACUCUUGCUCGGCUGCUCCUAGCCCGGGAGAUGGGUAGUGUGCGGUGCUUAAUGUCCCCCUCAUUCCUUAGUUUCUGCUGAGUGGAAGUCACUCAGUUGUGGGCCCACUCGUGAUAACGUGAGCUCCUGUUAGGACUUGCAGACUGCACAUCCUUUUCUGAGCCACUAAAAUACCUGAGCGGGAUGGAUGUUCUCUGUAUGUCAUGUUGACUGAGCUCAACGAGUGGUGCAGAAGCAACGACUCUGAUUUCUUUCAAAAUACAGUUGGAAGGAAAGAAUUACAGCCCUUCUCUCCUUUCCCCUUGUAUACAGUAACUUCACAGCACUCGGAUCCUCACUAUUUUGAGAAGGGUUUGCUUUGACUUUUUUUCAAAUCAUAUUCAAAGGAAGAACCCUGGGUUUGGUAUUACUUCAAAGACUUCCUCUUCGGACUGCUCAGUAUCAGGAGAUGGGGAAUGUGAAACGGAGACAAGCCCAAUUUUGUGAGAUCUUGGGGGUACCUGUCUGCUGUGGAUUCUGCUACGUUGGCCAGUGUCCUAAAAACUGAACCUCGUGCUCCCUCACAGCACCUGCGUGGACGUGGGCCUGUUGAAAUGCUGAUCCAAACUUUGCUGACUGCGGAGAACUAUGACAAUUGUUCUGAGGGCCACUAGGGAAGUGGCGGCUUUAACACCUUACAAGGAGUUUUACUAGCUUGGUGAAGAAAAUAUACAGGUAUUAACUUAGUCCAUGACCACCACAGGUACAAAAUUAUGCAUGAUAUCAGCCCAUGGUGAGAGCGUUUGGCUUUAAGAUUUGGGCACGCGUCUUCUAUGUCUCAGGUACCUAUGUGAUUUUUUCAGAUUAGACUUUUUCCUGUCUUCCUGGUUAAAGCAUCUUACCGAUUGUCCCUUUGGAAAAUGAUUUGUAAUACCCUAUUCUGAAUUAAUCUGAUGUCAGCCUUUUGGGGUGUAGGACUGCAAGGCGAGGGCUGGUUUG